CUCGGGGAGGUGUCACCGAGUGAUCCAGGGUGGUCGGCUGGAGGCUGUAGUCUCGUCGGGUGGUGGCGGCGGCGUCGCGUUGCUAGGCGGCGGCGGGGGUGGGGCGGGCGCGGGGGGCAUCGGGGGGACAGGGCGGGCGCGCGCCGCCGUCGCUCGCUCGCGGGCAACUCGCGGCCUGCUUCAGUACAGUCCGCUCCGCGGCGUCGAGUGAUAUGCUAGUGUGACGCGAGUGUCCUCUCGCUCGAGCGUCGAGUGUCCGUCCUCUGCUACUGACCGUUUAUGACAUUCGACAACCCCGCCCCGGUGCAUUUUUCCAAGUUGCAUUUCGAUCAGUGUGUCUGCCGCGAGCGAUCCGUAUCGGAAGCGGUGACUCCCCUCGCGUUUAUUUAUGUUGUCGUUUUGGUGUGGUGAAUAUUUGUGUUUGUACGGACGAUAACCGUAUUAUCUGUGCGAUCGGAGUCGAGUGGAUAUUUCCGACGAUCGACGCUUAAUUCGCGAAGGUUGAGCGUGCGCCGGCGUGCGGUGCACAGAGGGCAGUGCGGCGGAUGCGGCGCGUGCGUGCGAUGCGCCGGGAGUAGCGGCCGGCGAGAUGGUCGGCGUGGGUGUGGAGGGUGCCGCUGAGUACUACGGCGAGUACUAUCCGCCCGAGUACUACGUGACACCAGACAUGUGCCCCCAUCCACACCAACACCCACAGCACGCUCACAUGUGCACCGUCCAUGCUGAAUAUGGCGGGAUGCAAGUGGUGCCGUCAACGCCGAUGAUGCCUCAAUUGAUGCCCCCUGUGAUGGACGAGAGCAUGCGCCACUACUUAGUGGCACACCCACACCCCCACCAUCACCCACCGCAUCCGCAACAGCACCACCAACCCCCGCCUCACCAUCAGCCGCCGCAUCAUUAUGCUCCCAGCAAUGGUGCAGCAGGACCACAGCAUUUCUAUGGGGCGGGAUAUCCACCUCAUUUUCACCAUGUGCCUCCACACCACAUGCAACACUCCCCACCUCCACCAGUAUACCAGAAAGAUGAACGGACACAACGACAGUACUCAAAAUUAAAACAAAAGUUGGAGCGCAAACAAACAAGUAGAAAUAAUGGUAUAGAAGCAAAUUCUGGCGCAAGUACACCAUCCUUGUCGCCACGGAAGGAACUGAAUGGUCGUGGCGGCGGUAGUGGUGGCGCGUCGUCGGGAGCAUGGUCCGAGGGCGAAGGCUCGUCGGCCGGCGCGUCUGUGCAAGGCGACGACGAAAAUGACACGCAAGCUGUACUUGACUUAUUGUCAGCUACUCGCACACCACAGGUCAGUGACAUAACUCCAACGAGCGCAUUGGUACAAUGGAACUCACCCAUUCCUGAGGGUGUCACACUUCCAAACAUAGAUCUAACAUAUGACUUAUUGCUCGGCGAUAAGGAUUCAAAGCGAUACAAAGCCAUAUACAGUGGCCACUCACUUUCUUGCCGUGUAAGAGACCUCAAACCCGGUUGCGAGUAUUCAGUGUGUCUGCAAAUUCGUGCUGGAGACCUCACAGGAGCCGCGAGCGAGGCGGCCAUAUUUCGUGCUCCUGCAGCUCCCCCAGAUCGAAUGAGCCCCGUGCGCGUAACGCAACGCAACAGGAAUUCUUUACAAUUGAGAUGGAAUUCUGUAUCCGAUAACGGCGCGAGAUUAUCACACUAUCUGCUCGAAAUGAACGUCGGCGAAGGCUUCGUGGAACUCGCUAAACCUCGAACGCGGCAGCAUACCGCGAACAAUUUAAGACCGCAGACGCAGUAUCGUUUCCGAAUAGCCGCUGUUAACGAGUGUGGCCAGGGCGAGUGGAGCGACGAAACCGUCGCCUGGACUACGGGAUCACCUCCUCCAGCGCCUGCACCGCCAAUACUUCAGAGCGCCACCGCAGACACCCUCACGCUGUCUUGGGACCGAAAAGCGGACGAAGAGUUCACUCUUCAGAUGGACGAUCCCACUCGAGGACAUGGCUUUCUACCAAUCUACAACGGUCCCGACCGUGCGUACGUGUGCAGUGGACUUCGCCGGGCCACCGAAUAUCGCUUUCGACUUAGGUGCGAGACAUCCGACGGAGAAGGCCCGUGGUCCACGGAAGUCUCGUACCGCACGGCGCCAGAGAGGCCGGGGGCACCCGGCCGACCUACUCCUCGGGGGAAAGUACAUUCGCGCGCUUUCCGCUUGCGAUGGGAACCGCCCGCGGACGACGGUGGCUCGUACAUCGCGUCUUACACCCUCGAGCUCGACGGCGGGCAGGGCUACAGGUCCGCAUAUCAGGGGGCCGAACGCGAAGCGUACUGCGACCGCCUCCUACCGGGGAUGCCGUACAGAGCGCGCGUACGGUGCGCGAAUGAGGUCGGCGACAGCGACUGGUCGCCGGCGGAGACCGUGACUACGGAAGCGACAUGCCCCAGCGCGUGCGCCGCCCCCGAGUUAACUGCCGCCCCGCGCGCCACGCUGGCGUCCAUCAAGUGGCGCGCGCCGGACUGCAACGGCGGUUCGCCUGUCACCGAGUACAGAGUUGAAGUCGUCGACGACGAAGGUUUGGCGAGGCUCGCGCACUCGGGCUCCUUCACAGAUUGUAUCGUCCGCGACCUCACUCCCGGUCGGCCGUACCGCGUCUCGGUGGCGGCGCACAACAGAAUAGGUGCCGGGGCCCCGUCCCCCGCGCUAGUUUUUACGACUGCCGCCGCUCCGCCGGAUGCGCCGAACACACCGCUCGCUACCAUUGAGACCGCCCGCUCCGCUCGUCUCGAAUGGAACGUACCGAAAGACAACGGAGCUCCCAUCCUCGACUAUCGCCUCGAAAUGAGCACGGACAACGUUGACGACGCCUACGCGGAGGUCUACCGAGGGCUCGAGACGAGCUGCGUCGUCGGGAAGUUAACACCGUUUUCACCUUACUUUUUCCGAGUGUCAGCGAUCAACUCGGCCGGGCGGGGGGCGUGGUCAGGCGUGCGGGACGUGCUGAUGCCACGAGCGCCCCCCGCGGCGCCCACCGGCCUCCGCCACGAGGCGACCGCCGACUCCCUGCGACUGUGCUGGCGAGCGCCGGCCUCGCACGGAGCCGACGUGCUCGGCUACCGAGUGGAGGUCGACGACGACGCGUACGAGACGGAGGGGCCGACGCCCGAGCGACUCGUCGACGGUUUGCAGCCGGACACCGUGUACAGAGUCCGCGUCGCGGCUCUGAACGAGCUCGGCCUCGGAGAUUGGUCAGAGGAGGCGCGAGCGGCGACGAGACCGAUGCCGCCGUCGCCUCCGCAGCUGAAAUUCGCGCAGGCGUCGCACAACUUUCUGAAGCUUGAGUGGGCGAGCGCCGGGGAAGGAGCACAAUAUUGCGUCGAGAUGCGAGCUGCGGACGGACGCGAGUUCCGGCCCGCGUACAGAGGGUCCGCGAGAUCUUGCAAGGUGAAGAAACUCCGCGAGGCGAGCAUGUACUGGUUCCGGAUUCGCGCGAGCGACGAGCGCGGCGGGCGCGGGCCGUGGUCGGAGCCCGUGUCGGCGUCGACGGUGGCCGCGCCGCCCCCCGCCCCCCGCCCGCCCGCGCUUCACCUCCCCGCGCCCCGGGUAGCACACGUCGCCUGGGAAGCCAUGGAGGACGCGGAAUACAUCCUGCAAUGCGCGCGCGGAAAAGACGCAGUAUUUAAACAGGUAAGAAUUACAUAGAAACCUUUUCCUGUACACUUUACUAAAUUGACAUUCCUAUUAUGGGGUUAUGCUCUAAAACCUGCGAUAAGCAUAAUAUCAUUCAAUUACAUAGAAUAACACUUGCAUAAUAUCAAAAAUAACAUGUUGUAAUAUUACAUUUGCACUUCUCACAACUUUAAACAUGGUCCUUCGAACCGGAUACGUGGUUUACAAGCUUCACUUUCGUCCAGGUGUACGCCGGGACCGAGACCCAUUUCUCAUUGGAAGAAUUGGAGGCGGGUGCGGAGUACCUAGUGCGGGUGAUGGCGGUGCGCGGCGGCCUCGGCAGCGCGUGGUCGACGGCCGCCCGGCUGGUGGUCCCCGCGACGGCGCGCCCCCCGCGCCGGCGGCCGGGCGCGCCCGCGGCACGUCCGCUGCCGGCGCGGCACGCGGCGCUACUGAUGGCGGCGGCGUUCCUGCUGGUGGCGGUGGGGGUGGCGGUGCUGCUGCAGCGGCUGGUGGAGCCGCGCCCGUGACGCGCGCUAGCGGCGGCCCGGCCCCGCGCCCUCGCCCGCCUCUAACGCCUAUACGGUCGGUUGCACAGACGUCCAUUAAGGUUUAAUGACGAUUUAAGCACUAAUGAAUUUGAAAAAUUAAAUGGGUAAUGGCAAGAAAGACGUUUGUGCAACUGGCAGAUAGUACACCGACGCAAUCGCGACCCGGUUUCUGAUGACUAUCUGUAUAUCACGAAUUUUGUUUCUAAAACGGUGACAACCCUGUCGUCAUUCGCGUAGUUUCGCUGAUGUUUCGCAUUCGCGAGCCGAUGCGUCGGUGAACUAACGGCGUAGAAGUCGCCCGCCGCUCAACAACGUGUACAUAAUGUAUAGUACAAGAGCCAGUCACCAUUAUGUGCAACAGUUUUGUAACGGUUGACGACUCGGUAUGUCGCAAUGCGGAGGUAUGUAGGAUUGAUUGUAUAUUAGGUAGUUGUUGUUAAUAGUUAUGUUAAUAUGUAAAAUAGAAUAAAUUGUUUGGAUCGCACAAUUAUAAAAGACGACGGGCGUCUCAUCGCGUCUCAGAAUUUCAGCAGAAAGUCUGCUCCGGAAAAGUUUUUAUUUACAAAAUUAUAACAAAUAAUCUUAGAGAAAAAUACUAAAACCUUUUUAGUGGAACGAACUUUGACAUACUAACGUAGCAUCCGUUACAAAACACUGCACAUUUUUGUCACGAGCUCUCCGUCUAGUAGAUAGACGAGCGCGAGGCCGCUGCCGCGUCUCCGUCGACGGCGCCGUUGCGACGCUUCACAUGUGUAAAAUGUUUUAUGCGUAAAUGUGAAGUAGCCAUUUUGAAAUGUAUAUUUUUAUCAGUGGGGGGACGCCUCUCCGUGUUUUGUGUCGUAUCUUUUUACCUUUCACGAAUCUUCGUAAUCUAGUCUACGCUUUUGACUUGUUAUUUAGCGCUGCACCGGCGUGACAGCUGUUUAUAUAUUUAUAUAUCUAUAUCUUGUGAUAUGUGCAACUGUGACGUCAGUGAGAAAGAGCGACUUUCCGAUGUUUUUAUCGCGUAUCAAUCUCCGAUUCUUGUUUUCCGCGUUUUUACUCUACGAUCGAUCUGUCUGUUGCGAGUUAACGAUUUUAAUUAUAAGAAGUUAGUGAACUACUAAGGUGCUCUAUUAUUAAAGUUCUGUUAAGGAGGGCGUGGCCCUUCUCUCUGCAACGAGUUUCCAGUGUGUGUGCUGUGAUCACUUCCUUAUGCGAAUGAGACUGAUUUUACAAGUAAACGCUUCGUUUUAUAGAGAUGUUUCAUAAUGCUUCGGUGACACUUUUCACGGUGGACAGUUUGUGCUGUGACGUCACGCGCCCGCCAUGACACAAGUCCGGCUACAUAAUCCUAUUUUAUAUACUCCGAAUGCUUAUUAAAUUAUAUCGAUACCUUAUCAUAUUGUAUCGUCGAUUUAUAAUUAAUUAAUUGUUUUUAUUAAUAGAACAUGACCUUUUAAGGAUGACAUUAUGUAAUGAAUAGGUAAUUUGUUUAUAAAUUUAGAGAUUACUGAGAUCGUUACCACCCGGUAAAUUAAAAUUAAGGAUAUGUCAACCAUUUGACCUAAUGAGGUAAUGUGUCGUGUCUCAUAUGUAAUGUUUUCAAAGAAAUAAUUAUUAUAGACCCUAUUGAUGUUUGUUGCUUUCAUAGCAUUAUUAGGAGAAUGUUAAAUGAUUUCCAUAUUAUUCUAAAUGAAUUUUUGUUCUAGAUAAGCAAAGUGUCUUUAUUAAUUGUGUAUCUACUAUACGAGAGAUAGAGUAGUUUAUAAUGCCGUUAUAAGAGAUUUCCAUAAUAAUCAUUGGUGUUUUUCUAUCACGUUAUAAUACUAUUCACUUUUACAUGUGUUCUGGGUCUGUCCGUGGUAAUUCUUUUUAACAUGAAUGUAUAGAUUACGGUACGCAAGUUGAACGUUGAGCUUGAAAUAUACUAUCGGAUAUCGAAAGCGUGUAACUAUAGCAACGGAGGUAUAGUUCUGUACCUUCGUGAGAAGUCGCCAUUUUGGUUCAACUCGGGUGCCACGUAUUGUAACGGUUAGGACGUGUUUGCCUCGCAAGUCGACGUGUAACAUGUCUCUCCGUACUUUUAUGAUACUAAUUACAAUGAUUGUUUGUAUUAGUAAUAAUUAUAUAUCGAGAUUACCGUGACACACCAAUAGGUUUAAAUAUAUCGUAAAUAUAUAAUAUUUACUUCUCCUGUGAUCAGCUUAUUAUAUUCUAUUAUUUGUAUAACUUUAUUAUUGUUAUCCGAAACAUUCCUAGGGUACAUGCUGAUUUCUGUUUUCAGUAAGCUUGUUUUAUUGUUAUUCUAUUAUAGAAAUUCACUUCGUGCCUAUUUUCUUAAGGCUCUAAUAAAAUUUGUGAGCGCAGCUUGCAAACUUUAAAAAUUUAUUAUUAUUAUUUUUUAAUAUAUUAUAAAAGAUGAUGGACAAUUAUUUUAACAACUAUUUAUUCUUUAUCGCUUUUAAUAUAAUAUUUAUUUUUUAGUAAAUAUAUCGAGAUUCUAAUGACGUCAUUACAUUAAAUAAAUUCAGUGUUCCUCAAUGAUUUGUCUGUACAACUGUUUCAAACAAAAAAUUGUGUAAUUACAGUCGAGCAUCAUGCAUUCCAACUUUAUUCCACUUGUAAAUAGGCCUAACAAAUUUUAUGACUUGAAUGUACAUCUUGCUUUAAUGAAAUUGUAAAUAAAUCUGGUGUCGAUGAGCUUUGUGUAAAGGCGUGUUUAGAUACUGAACAUAUGCCAAUGGAAAUUACUAUUCUGUGUUGAGACUAAAAUGUUUUUCAAUUAAUGAGAUAUAUAAAUAAUUAACGGGGAUAACAUCUCAUAUUGUAUUUGUGUUUGAAUAAGUAACGUAUAACGAAAUGUAUAUGUUUAUAAUAUAAUAUUUGAUGAUGUUAUGUAUACAAUUUAUUAAACAUGAAUAUAUCAAUAAAACUAUAUUUUGUGUACGA